UUUAUCUCUCUUGCUUUCUCUCUCUAACCUCCGUUCGUCAAACACAAUGAAGUGCGUCGUCGUCGUCGUCUUCUUCGUUUGGUGUCUGUACAUUCAGUUAUCGAACUGCAACAAUGUGACGUACGACGGCAAGGCUCUGCUCAUCAAUGGCGAGCGGCGGAUUCUGUUUUCCGGCUCCAUUCAUUACCCGAGAAGCCUGCCUGACAUGUGGAAAGGCUUGAUUGAGAAGGCCAAGGAUGGAGGAUUGGAUGUUGUUGAUACUUACGUGUUCUGGAACCUCCAUGAACCUUCUCCUGGAACGUAUGAUUUUCAGGGGAGGAACGAUUUGGUUAAGUUCGUCAGAUUGGUGCAGAAGGCGGGGCUCUAUGUUCAUCUUCGGAUUGGGCCUUACAUUUGUGGAGAAUGGAACUUCGGGGGAUUUCCUGUUUGGUUGAAGUUCGUGCCUGGAAUUAGCUUUAGAACAGACAAUGAACCAUUCAAGUUAGCAAUGGCAACAUUCACCCAAAAAAUCGUCCAAAUGAUGAAGGAUGAAAAGCUUUUCCAGUCACAAGGAGGUCCCAUCAUUCUUUCUCAGAUAGAGAAUGAGUAUGAAACAGAAGGCAAGGAGUUUGGAGCUGCUGGCUCAGCUUACAUGAAUUGGGCUGCAAAAAUGGCAGUUGAAACAGAUACAGGGGUGCCUUGGGUGAUGUGCAAGGAAGAUGAUGCUCCUGAUCCAAUGAUAAACACAUGCAACGGAUUCUAUUGUGACUAUUUCUCACCAAACAAGCCUUACAAGCCCACUUUUUGGACCGAGGCAUGGACUGCUUGGUUUACAACGUUUGGUGGCCCAAUUCAUCAACGCCCAGUUGAAGACUUGGCAUUUGCAGUUGCAAGGUUCAUCCAAAAAGGAGGCUCCUUCGUCAAUUAUUAUAUGUUUCAUGGUGGAACUAACUUUGGAAGAACUGCUGGGGGUCCUUUCAUUACUACUAGCUAUGACUAUGAUGCUCCCAUUGAUGAAUAUGGUUUGAUCAGGCAACCGAAGUUCGGUCACUUAAAACAACUCCAUGACGCCGUUAAGUUAUGUGCAAAGGCUUUGCUUACUGGUGAACCUUCUAACAUGACCUUGGGAACUUAUCAAAAGGCAAAGGUAUUCUCUUCUAGCUCAGGAGAUUGCGCCGCUUUUCUAUCGAACUAUCAUUGGACUUCAUCUGCAAGGGUGACAUUCAAUGGCAGAAAUUACAUUCUUCCACCCUGGUCAAUUAGUAUUCUUCCUGGUUGCAAGAGUGUCAUAUAUAAUACUGCCCAAGUUGAAGUUCAAAUAAACCAGAUGUCAUUUUCACCGACGAAUGUUGAACCGUUUUCGUGGGAGACUUUUAAUGAAGACAUAUCUUCGAUUGAAGAUGGUCCAUUGAUGUCAUAUGGUGGUCUUUUGGAGCAACUAAACAUCACUAGAGACACCACCGACUAUCUUUGGUAUACAACCAGUGUCAAGGUAGAUUCAAACGAAUCCUUCCUGCGUGGAGGGAGGCUUCCUACUCUCGUUGCGGGAUCAACUGGUCAUGGCAUGCAUGUAUUCAUUAAUGGAAAGCUAACUGGAUCGAGCUUCGGGAACCAUGACAGCAGUAAAUUUAAGUUCACGGGAAGAAUUCAGUUGCAAGCUGGAGUAAACAGAGUUUCUCUGUUAAGCAUGGCUGCUGGAUUGCCAAACAACGGUCCUCAUUUUGAGAUGAGAGAAAUGGGAGUGCUUGGACCAGUUGCUAUACAUGGGCUGGACAAGGGAACGAUGGACUUAUCUAGACAGACAUGGUCAUAUAAGGUUGGUCUGGAAGGAGAAGCCAUGAACUUGGGUUCUCUAAGCUCUAUUCCAGCAGUUGAUUGGGUAUGGGAUUCAUCGGUAAAAGAAAACACACAGCCGCUUACUUGGUAUAAGGCUUAUUUCAAUGUGCCCGAAGGAGACGAACCUUUGGCUUUAGACAUGAGUAGUAUGCAGAAGGGUCAAGUAUGGAUAAACGGGAAGAAUAUUGGAAGAUACUGGACUGUCCAUGCCAAUGGAAACUGCACUGAUUGCAGCUACUCGGGUACAUACCGCCCAAACAAAUGCCAAUCUGGGUGUGGUCAUCCGACUCAACAAUGGUACCACGUUCCUCGAUCUUGGUUGAUGCCAUCAAGAAAUUUAAUUGUGGUUUUUGAGGAGAUGGGCGGGAAUCCUUCAGGGAUCACUCUUGUAAAGAGAUCAAUUACAAGCAUUUGUACCGAGGCAUCUGAGUAUCGCCCUGUCAUCAAAAACACUCAUCAGAACCAUGGAGGAUUGAAUGAGCAGAAUGUGGUUAAGAUCAACCUGCAUUGUGCAGCUAGGCAGUUCAUUUCAGCUAUCAAAUUUGUCAGCUUUGGAACUCCAAGUGGAGCUUGUGGAAAUCUUCAGCAAGGAACCUGUCAUUUUCCAAAUUCACGAUCUGUGUUGCAAAAGCUAUGUGUUGGUCGACAGAGAUGCCUGGCAACCGUACCAACGAGCAUCUUCGGAGGCGAUCCAUGUCCAAAUCUAAGCAAAAAACUAUCUGCUGAAGUUGUCUGUCAACAUCGGGUAACCACAUAGAACACGUAAAUUAGAUAGAUUUAUGGCUCUUGAGUACAUAUCAAACAAGGUAGAGUAGAAUUGGAUGCAAAUACUUAAAUCUUUAUUUUACUUAGUUUCUAGGAAAGCAUAUCAUAUCAACAUAUUUCAAGCUUUUUUGUCCUUGGAAGAUACAGUAGGCUGGUUUAGAUUUUGUUAGGAGUUAUCAUUUUCUUCUG